AUGGGGACUUCCGUAGCUGUUUGCUUCGCAGUACUUUUCCUCAGCUAUCUGGACAUUCAAUUACACGCCUCGCUGCGCGUUCUUCCCGCUCUACAUCUCCGUUUCAUUGACGACGGUCUGAUUAUGUGGGAAGGGACGCGGGAGGAGUUUGAGAUUUUUCGGUGUCGGUUUGACACCCUUCAUUCUUCCAUCUGUUUCACCUGGGUUAUUUCAGAACAGUCAAUGGAUUUCCUUGACUUAACAGUGUUUAAAGGACAGAGAUUUCAGUCUUCCGGCACGCUGGACAUGAAGCUGUUCCAGAAGCCGAUGAACCGCUACCUGUACCUGCCGUUUAAGUCUUACCACACCCGUGCUACUAAGCUGGGUUUUAUUCGGAAUGUAAUGCCGAAGGCUGUGCCAGGGAUUGGGGACGAGCCUCCUAUUCCCGAGGGGUACAACGGGUUGGAUGAGAUGGAAGUGGAGGAGGAGGAAGGCAAGGAUGACGUCCUGGAGGACGAGUACGCUUAG